AUGGAUGAUGCGAUCAUCUGCAUGACUGUGGUUCUACAGGCCAAGAUUGACAGUACAGGAUGUAACUCGCUGCGCCGGACUCACUACCAGAACGUGUUGGUGGCCGAGCUGGGUGGGGUCACAUCACUCACCUUAGGCAAACUGGCAUGCGAUAACCGUGCAGCAGGCGAGCGGCACAAGGACAUGAGCUUGUCUGAUGAAUCCCGCGAGUCUACAAUCAGCUCCAGCCCUUAUCUACAGCCCAUUGACCAUGAUUAUAUAUGCCACUUCGCUGGCGACAAUGUUUUGAGCAUUGGCCUGUGGGUCGUGGCUUUCAACAAGGAUCUCCGCCUGGGGUGCCACCAGGAUUUCAACCGUGAGUGCCUCAACCACCACGUCAUCCCUAAAGCCCUCCAAUCUCGACCUCUUGUCAACACACCCUAUGGCCGAAAGCUAGCCGUGGAUUUCAGCCGUAGCUGCCUGAAGGCCCGUAUCCAGGAGAACAAAGACAAACUGCGUGAUGCACGACGUCGGUUAUCUGAAGCCGAACGCACGCUUCAACGAAUCCUGCAGCCUUGUGACAUGCGGCAAGUCUUCCAAGCACGCAAGCAAGCGGAGACCAAGGAGAAAACCAAGUGUGCGGACGCCCAUGACCAGAAACUUUCUCGGAUCCUGCCCAAAAAACCGACCGUGUACACCUCCGACAACGUUUUCAAUCUGUCGUCGAAGCAACUCUCCGAUGGUCACCUCGGCCUUCUUUCGAGAGGCCUUGACUUUGCCCUGGCCCCCCGCGCAGUACCCAAGCGAGACAUCGUCGUAGAAAUUGAGGAUAAACUACGGCACCUAAAGGACACGACCGUGGUCAACCUGGCUCGUAGUCGCAUCGCUACUACGUUGACCAACUCUACGACGAUUCCAACGAACCUCACGCGGAAGGAACAUGCAGCACUACGCGAUCUCCGGUCAGACGACUCUAUCAUAAUCCUUCCGGCGGAUAAGGGGAAAGGCACCGUUGUACUGGACAAAGACCAUUACUACGCUAAAAUGCAGAGGAUUCUCGAUGAUGAUUCCCAUUUCAUCACGCUGCCGAAUGAUCCUACCCAGAAAUCUGAACGCCGUCUUGUCGAUCACCUCCGUGACCUCAAGAAAAAGGAACGCCUCGAUGAAGUGACGUAUCGAAGCCUGUUCUCGUCGGAUGGCUUAACACCCAGACUCUACGGCCUCCCCAAAAUUCACAAGCCUGAUUGCCCCUUACGACCCAUCGUUUCUUUUAUUGGAUCCCCAACAUAUAACCUGUCAAAACACCUUGUGGGUUUAAUCACCCCAGUCACCGGACGUAAUGGUCUGACACUGUCUAACUCCAAAGAGUUCGUUCGUUUGAUUCAAGAUCAAGUCUUCGAUGACAACGACAUCAUGGUCUCUUUUGAUGUUGUCUCCCUUUUCACUAACGUCCCCACAGCGUUAGCAGUAAAAGUGGCUGAAGCACGACUACGUGACGACAGUACCCUUCCCACACGUACGUCUCUCAGAGUGGAGGACAUUAUCAUCCUGCUACGCUUCUGUCUGAACCAAUCCCAUUUUUCGUUCCGGGGGCAGGUCUACCAUCAGAUUGAAGGUUGUCCUAUGGGCAGCCCGGUGUCCGUGACAAUGGCUAAUCUCGUCAUGGAAUAUGUUGAAGAAUCUGCCUUCCAACGAUUUACCCACAACAUCAAGUUCUACCGACGGUAUGUCGACGACACUUUCGUGAUCCUAAAUCGCAACCUCCUGGACGAAUUCCAUUCGACCCUGAACAGCAUUGAACCGUCCAUUCAGUUCACUUGCGAACUUGAACAGGAGAACCGGCUCCCCUUCCUGGACGUGUCCGUACGCAGACUCACCACCGGCCUGAUUCAAACUUCCGUCUACCGCAAGCCCUGUGAUACUGGUAAUUUCCUAAAUUUCGAAUCCUACCAUCCGAUUGAACACAAACGCAGUGUAGUGAGAACCCUGCUUCAACGCUGUGAAGAUUUCGCCUCGUGCCCGGAACAACGUACGUCCGAGGAGAUGAUAAUCAAGGAGUCACUCAUGAAACGAGGAUACCCGCUACGUUUCUUUGAGAAUACACGAAAACGCAUGCACGAACCCAGGACCCGAAGGAAAGACGAUUUCCGACACGGCAUCGUCACCAUCCCAUACGUCAAAGGUGUAUCAGAAUCCAUUCGGCGAGCCCUCCUCCCGUUAAAAAUCAAGACUGUAUUCAAGCCCUGCCUGAAACUUCGUUCACUGAUUUCUAAGCCAAAAGACCAUAUUCCCCCUGAGUCCCAGACGGGUGUUGUGUAUAAAGUACAGUGUCUCGGUUGCGAGGUGUCCUACAUUGGAGAGACGGGCCGCAAGCGCAGUACAAGACUAAAAGAGCACGAACGAGAUGUUCGCAACUCAUGUCUUGAGUCAACUUGA